AUGCUGUUGGAUGUCACAAAUGUGCUCGGAAUUCCACCACCAGUGCAAGUCCCACAGCCUCAAUUUGGCUUGUUUCAGCAGGGUGCACAUAUGCAUGAAAACCAGGCCUUGCGAGAGCAUUGUGGAAUCUUGGAAGCACAGGUCACCAAACUCUCCAUGCUCGAAAAUGCACCUGGGCCCUACUAA